UCUUCACCACACGCGCCAGUCAGUCACCUGGAUGCGUGAGACCCAGCAGUCGCGAAGCAUAUAGCGCGGGAUAAAACGAAAGCUUAUGAGUAAUUGGACAUCCUUCCUUUUUUUCUGUUAAAGGAGAUAAAGCAGAUGCUUCAUGCGGAAUGGAAGGAGAUUUUGUUUCACCAAAGACGCAAUGAGAGGGUCUAGGUUCAGAGAUCAUUGAACAUUUGGUUGAUACGCUUAUCAGCAGAAUAUACGAGUUUUUUGCUCUGUGGAGGAAAAUACUGUAGUACAUUUUUUCCUGAAGUGCUGUAUUGUACCGAAGUUGACAUGGCUCUUCUAGUCCACCUUAAGACGAUCCGGGACCUUCGUGGAAAGGGGGACAGAAUCGCCAAAGUCACAUUUCGAGGUCUGUCGCUCUACACGCAUGUGCUGGAAAACUGUGAGGAUGAGGCCAGAUUUGAUGAGACGUUCCGAUGGCCGAUUGCCAGUAGAGUGGAUGAAAAUGAGAUGCUGGAAGUUCAAGUGUUCAACUACAGCAAAGUCUUCACCAACAGAGUCAUUGGAACCUUCAAGAUGGUUCUACAGAAGGUGGCAGAGGAGGGCCAGCUAGAGGUGACAGACACACUCAUCGACGACAACAACACCGCCAUCAGGGCCAGUGUUACCAUAUACAUCAAGUACACGACAAUGGAUGGGACUGUGGGGGUUUGGAGUGACGGAGAAUUCCUGGACAUCCCGGGUGACCCGGAGGGAACAUUCCAGUUUGAGACGGACAGUCUGCUCUCCGGACACAGCCAGGGGUCAGGAGUGUCACAGGGGCGAUCCAUCCAUGGAAUUCCCACUUUUAGGAAAGCGGGGAAGGGGGUAUUCUCAGCCAUGAAGCUCGGCAAGACCAAGAGCUCCAAGGAUGACCACAAGAAAGAUGAGCCAGCCAUCUUGGACAUGGAGGAUCUAAACAGGAAGGCCAUGCGUCUGGGAGGGGUGGGGGGUCUGGACCCAGACUGCAUCUCCCUGGCCUCCGUCACUGCCGUCACCACCAAUGUCUCCAACAAGAGAUCAAAGCCUGAUAUCAAGAUGGAGCCUAGUUCUGGGAGGCCUGUGGAUUACCAGAUUAGCAUCACAGUCGUUGAGGCCAGGCAGCUGGUUGGCCUUAACAUGGACCCUGUGGUCUGUGUGGAGAUUGGGGACGACAAGAAGUACACCUCCAUGAAGGAGUCCACUAACUGCCCCUACUACAAUGAGUAUUUUGUCUUUGACUUCCACGUCCCACCAGAUGUCAUGUUUGACAAGAUCCUGAAGCUCUCAGUGAUCCACUCUAAGAACCUGCUGCGGAGUGGCACCUUAGUUGGAACUUUCAAGCUGGAUGUUGGCACAGUCUACUCCCAGCCUGAGCACCAAUUCUACCACAAGUGGGCCACACUGUCUGACCCUGAUGACAUCACGGCCGGCUGCAAAGGUUACAUCAAGUGUGACAUCGCCGUGGUGGGGAAGGGGGACAACAUCAAGACUCCCCACAAGGCCAACGAGACGGAUGAAGACGACAUAGAAGGGAACCUCCUUCUUCCGGAGGGUGUUCCCUUGGAGAGGCAGUGGGCACGAUUCUACGUGAAGAUCUACCGCGCUGAGGGCCUUCCCAAGAUGAACACCAGCAUCAUGGCCAACGUUAAGAAGGCCUUCAUAGGGGAGAACAGAGACCUGGUGGACCCCUACGUACAAGUGCUCUUCGCCGGACAGAGAGGGAAGACGUCGGUCCAGAAGAGUAGUUAUGAGCCGAUCUGGAAUGAGCAGGUGGUCUUCACUGAGAUGUUUCCUCCGCUCUGCAAACGCAUGAAGGUCCAGAUAAGAGACUCCGACAAAGUCAACGACGUCGCCAUAGGAACACACUUCAUUGACCUGCGAAAGAUCGCCAAUGAUGGUGACAAAGGGUUCCUGCCCACCAUGGGCCCAGCCUGGGUCAACAUGUAUGGCUCCACCCGCCAGUACACUCUGAUGGAUGAGCACCAGGACUUGAAUGAGGGGCUGGGGGAAGGCGUGUCCUUUAGGGCCCGCCUCCUCAUCUCCGUUGCUGUGGAGAUCCUGGACACCACCUCCACUGAGAUUGUAAGCUCCACCGAGGUGCAGGUGGAGCCUGUCUCUAACAUCUCAGAGAGUGUUACAGGGAAAAUAGAGGAAUUCUUUCUGUUUGGUUCCUUCCUGGAGGCCACCAUGAUCGACAGGAAGAUCGGCGAUAAGCCAAUCAGCUUCGAGGUCACAAUAGGCAACUACGGCAACCAGAUAGAUGGAGUGAGCAAGCCCUCGGCAGCUAAGAAGAAGAAGAAAGAGGGAGGAGGAGGAGGAGAGAGUGAUGAGGAGGAGUCAGAGCUGAUCCAGCAGAACUCCAGUGAGGACGAGGCAGAUGAUGAUGGGGACCUGGUGUCUGUGUCCUCCUCCCCACCCAUGAAACCUGUCAUAACAGACAGGAACUACUUCCACCUGCCCUACUUUGAGAAGAAGCCGUGUAUCUACAUCAAGAGCUGGUGGCAGGACCAGAGGAGAAGACUUUACAACUCCAACAUCAUGGACAAGAUCGCUGACAAACUGGAGGAGGGUCUGAAUGAUGUGCAGGAGAUCAUCAAGACAGAGACAGCCUAUCCAGAGCGCAGACUCAGAGGGGUGCUGGAGGAACUCAGCACUGGCUGCAAUCGUUUCGUCACUUUGGCCAACAAGGACCAGAACCAGGCAGGCAGAACCAAACUGGACAAAGAGAGACUCAAGUCCUGCAUGAGAGAGAUGGAGAGCAUGGGCCAGCAGGCCAAGCUGAUUCGCUCCCAGGUGAAGAGGAACACAGUGAGAGACAAACUGAAGAUGGUUCAGAACUUCCUGCACAGGCUACGUUUCCUUGCCGACGAGCCCCAGCACAGUAUCCCAGAUGUGUUUGUAUGGAUGAUGAGUAGCAACAAGCGUAUCGCCUACGCCCGCAUCCCCUCCAAAGACAUCCUCUACUCCAUCGUAGACGAGGAGACGGGCAGGGACUGUGGCAAGGUCAAAGCUGUCUUCCUCAGGCUGCCUGGUAAGAAGGGGUUUGGUCCAGCCGGGUGGACAGUGCAGGCUAAGAUGGAGAUGUACCUGUGGCUGGGCCUCAACAAACAAAGGAAGGACUUCCUGUCUGGCCUGCCCAACGGCUUUGAAGAGAACAAGGCUCCCAGGACAGGCUCGUGUCUGCAGUCUUUACCCCCUAUCAGUCUGGUUUAUAACAUGAAGCAGGUAUUCCAGCUGAGGGCUCACAUGUACCAGGCCAGGAGUCUGUUUGCUGCAGACAGCAGUGGCCUGUCAGACCCCUUCGCCAGGGUCUUCUUCUCCACACACAGCCAGGUCACUGAGGUCCUGAGUGAGACUCUGUGCCCUACGUGGGAUCAGCUGCUGGUGUUUGAUGAUGUUGAGCUGUUCGGGGAGGCCAGCGAGCUACGAGACGACCCACCUAUCAUUGUGGUAGAGGUCUACGACCAGGACACUGUGGGCAAGGCAGAGUUCAUUGGUCGUACGUUUGCUAAGCCCAUCACUAAGAUGUGUGACGAGCACUACGGACCCCCGAGGUUCCCCCCUCAGCUAGAGUACUACCAGAUCUACCGUGGUAACUCUACCGCCGGUGACCUACUGGCUGCCUUCGAGCUGCUACAGAUUCCCUAUGACCAUGAGGAGAUCAGGAGGGCUCUGAUUGCUGUCCAUGACUUUGCAGUUCCUCAGAUUAAGAUUGGGCAAGGGGGGAGGGCGGAGCUUCCUGCCAUCAAUGGUCCGACAGACUCAGACCGUGGACCCAUCCUCCCUGUGCCAAUGGGCAUCAGACCUGUCCUAAGCCGUUAUCGCAUAGAGGUUCUGUUCUGGGGCCUGCGGGACCUGAAGAGGGUGAAUUUGGCCCAGGUGGACAGACCCAGGGUGGACAUAGAGUGUGCAGGGAGAGGAGUCCAGUCUGCACUCAUCGUGAACUUCAAAAAGAACCCCAACUUCAGCACACUGGUCAAGUGGUUCGAGGUGGACCUGCCAGAGAACGAGCUGCUCCACCCUCCUCUUAACAUCCGGGUAGUGGACUGCAGGGCAUUUGGCCGAUACACCCUGGUGGGUUCCCACGCCGUCACCAGCCUACGACGCUUCAUCUACAGCCCCCCAGACAAGACGCAAAACAACUGGGCCAGCGCAGCUAGACUGAUGAAUGGCUACAUGGUCCUGACCAACGGGGGGUCCCAAUCUCGCCCCUCCUCCCCUUACUCCCGCACCCUGCCCCGCACCCUCUCUCACCCCACAGGUGAUGUCAUAGUCAACAUGGAUGCCAACCCCUCAGUCAGGAAAAUGGACACGGUGGUGAAGUUAGAUGCUUCGUCUGAUGCAGUAAUUAAAGUUGAUGUGAAUGAGGAGGAGAAAGAAGAGAAGAAGAAGAAGAAGAAGAAAAAGAAGGGAGAGGUAGAGGAGGACGAUGAGACCGACGAGAGAAUGCUGGACUGGUGGUCCAAAUAUUUUGCUUCCAUAGAGACACUGAUGGAGAUCCUCAGAGCCCAGGAGGCAGCUCUGGCUGAGGCCGAGGAGAGGGAGGAGCAGGAGAUAGCAGCAGAGGGAGCAGAUAUCAAACCUGAUGACCUCCCUGUAAAAGGCUCCAAGGGGAAGGAGAAGAGCCGAGACAAGAGUAGGAACAAGGACAAGAAGAAGAGUCACCAUGCAGGAGAGGGGACAGAGAAACGCCCCAGCAAACCCAAAGUUAACGAGCUGCUGGUGUACAACAAGGAGCUGGAGGCAGAGUAUGAUAACUUUGAGGACUGGCUCCAUACCUUCAACUUGUACAGAGGGAAGGCAGGGGACGACGAUGAAGCAGCCCUGGAUGACGACAGGAUCGUGGGCAGAUUCAAGGGCUCCAUGUGCAUGUACAAGCUGCCUCUGACUGAGGAGAUCACCCGGGAGGCGGGCUUCGACCCUAACAUGGGCAUGUUCCAGAGCAUUCCACACAAUGACCCAAUCAAUGUGCUGGUGCGAGUCUUCGUGGUCAGGGCCACAGACCUCCAUCCUGCUGAUGUCAAUGGGAAAGCGGACCCCUACGUCAUCAUCAAACUUGGCAAGUCAGAGCUGAAGGAUAAAGAGAACUAUAUCUCCAAACAGCUCAACCCUGUCUUUGGCAAGGCGUUUGACAUGGAGGCUACGUUCCCCAUGGAGUCCAUGUUGACCGUGUCAGUGUACGACUGGGAUCUGGUGGGCACUGAUGACCUCAUCGGGGAGACCAAGAUCGACCUGGAGAACCGCUACUAUAGCAAACACAGAGCUACCUGUGGCAUCGCUAACAACUACUCUGUGCAUGGUUACAACAUGUGGCGUGACCCCAUGAAGCCAAGCCAGAUCCUGGCCAAGCUCUGUAAGGAGGGCAAGCUGGACGGACCCCACUACGGCCCCGGGGGAAGGGUCAAGGUCGCCAACCGUAUCUUCAUGGGUGCCACAGAGAUCGAGGAUGAGACUGGUCUAAAGAAGCAGACAGAUGAGCACCUGGCGCUGACAGUGCUGAAGCACUGGGAGGAGAUCCCUAGGGUGGGCUGUAAACUCAUCCCAGAACACGUCGAGACAAGACCCCUGUUCCACCCUGAGAAACCUGGCAUCGAACAGGGGCGGAUUGAGAUGUGGGUAGACAUGUUCCCCAUGGACAUGCCAGCACCUGGACCCGCCAUUGACAUAUCACCACGGAAACCAAAGAACUUUGAGCUGCGUGUUAUUAUUUGGAACACUGAUGACGUAGUUCUAGAGGACGAUGCUUUCAUGACAGGAGAGAAGAUGUCUGACAUCUAUGUCAAGGGGUGGCUGAAAGGGCAACAGGAGGACAAACAGGACACAGAUGUCCACUACCACUCUCUGACAGGCGAGGGGAAUUUCAACUGGCGCUUCGUGUUCCCCUUUGACUACCUGAUGGCCGAGGAGAAGAUUGUCAUCUCUAAGAAGGAGUCCAUGUUCUCCUGGGAUGAGACAGAGUACAAGAUCCCUGCACGCCUCACCCUGCAGGUCUGGGACGCUGACCACUUCUCCGCUGAUGACUUCCUAGGUGCAAUAGAGCUGGACCUGAACAGGUUUCCCCGUGGGGCGAAGACAGCCAAGCAGUGUUCUAUAGGCAUGGUCCAGAAUGAGGCUGAGCUGCCCUGCAUUUCCAUCUUCAAACAGAAGAGAGUCAAGGGCUGGUGGCCAUUCGUGGCCCGCGACGAAAACGACGAGAUGGAACUCACGGGUAAAGUGGAGGCGGAGCUUCAUCUGAUGUCGGCAGAGGAAGCGGAGAAAAGUCCUGUUGGUCUGGGACGCAAUGAGCCUGACCCUCUGGAGAAACCAAAUCGCCCGGACACCAGUCUCAUGUGGUUUGUGAACCCUCUGAAGUCCAUCCGCUACUUCAUCUGGCACAACUACCGCUGGCUGAUCCUCAAGGCCCUGGGCCUGCUGCUGCUGCUGCUCCUGCUCGGCCUCUUCCUCUACUCCUUCCCUGGCUACCUGGUCAAGAAGAUGCUGGGGGCCUGAGAGAACGUCGACCCACCAGGGCCACCGGUAGCCCCCUCUCUCUGUCCUAUCCUAGCCUCUCCUCUCCUCCGUUCCGCAUUUUCCGUCAGCUCCUCUUUCUCCUUUUUCCCCUCUCUCUGUUCUCUCCUCUGUUCCCCCUUUUCACUGAACCCAUAUCGCUUCACUCUCUGUCUUUUCCCUUCUCACCUCUUUCCUCUGCUUUCGACCACCUUCCUUUUCCAUAACCUCUUUCUUCCAUCCCACAACCGCUCAUCUCGUCCUCUUUUUCCCCCCCAAGGUUAUGUCUCAGUCUUUGUCUUUCCUCAGAUAUACAAAAGAUUGUCUCUGGUAGCUUUUGCUGCAUCCCUCCCCUUUUUUCUUUGCUCUCAGAAUCUUCAUGUCACUGUCUCUGUCCCCUAUACUGUCCUCUGUCUCUUGUCGCUCAACCUGCCAGUGUCUGGUGUCAAUCCCGAGUCUUCCAUUGUGCAUCACACUUGUCAUUACACUGGCGGCUUCAGGGGAAAUACUUUUUUUUAUCUGUAGCUGCGUUCAAGCAAGCUGUCAAAGAAACACCAUCUAAUUUUAUAUCUGUGUAUCCAUUGUCUGAGUCUCCAUCGUCUGUGCUUCCCGAUUGUGCGGUGGUCUUCUGGUUCUGGAUAAAAUCAAAAGAACGUUGCUAUUUUGUAAACAGGGUUGUUUGUGUAGUAGUGUGUGGAGAAAUUGUGAUCAGAGUUAGAAAUAGUCAUACAUCAUAUGGCUUACGAACCACUAACGCUUGCUCUCGUCUUUCCUCUCUUUACCCUGCACUUUGGCCCCCAUUACCACUGUUUCCCCACCCCACCCACUACCCUCCCUUUAAUCCACUCACCCUUCUGUUCCCCACCUCUACCUCUCCCACAACCGCCCCCAUCUACCCCAUAUCUUUCCCCACUUCCUUCCCUUAUACCCUCCAUCACACCCUUUUAACCCUCAACCCCCAUCCCAUCCAUCCCAUGCCGCACUAUCUACCCCUCUAUUCUCAUCCUUCCCCUCUAAUCUUACACCCAUCCCCCCAGUCGGCCGGACACCACAUUCCUGUGGUUCCUGAGCCCGCUGAAGGCUAUCCGCUACCUGGUGUGUAACCGCUACAAGUGGCUUAUCAUCAAGAUUGUUGUGGCCCUGCUGCUGCUCAUGAUGCUGGGGCUCUUCCUCUACAGCAUGCCUGGCUACCUGGUCAAGAAGAUGCUGGGGGCCUGAGGGGGCUGAUUGGGGCUGCAGGGAUGGGUACCAGGGUGGGUUGGGGGUGGUCGAGACACAGAGGAUUGGUGGGGGUGGUGGGUGGGGUUCCAUGCACUUCCACUUUCCAUUGUUAAUACUCACAUCCACCAAACAACAUCCCCCCAGUCUCUCCAUCAGUACCCUCCCCCCAAACACACUCGCCUCAGUGCUGCUGAGAGAGGGCGUGUAAGGGAGAGAAUAGGGGAGGGAAAGGUGGAUAGAUGGGAAGACAAGAUGACAGCAGCCCCCCCAGUCCACUCCCUCCGCAUCCCAGCCUUGCCCCUUCUCCACCGCCCCUCUAACCAUGGCAGUGCUGCUCAACACACAUACUCAAGGACUUCCUAUCCCUUGGUCUUCUGAAAACUAGGAACAACCAUCUACUUUCGACUGCUACAGUAGCACAGUGGGCCUAACCGAUCAAAUGCUUCAGGACGCUAACCAAUCAGAAACCUCAUCCCUGCACUGGCCACUGACUAACCAAUCAAACAACUCAACCCUGAUCUCAUCAUCAGCAAUGCAGCAUACCCUGAUGUUACAUUUCAGAGAUGGUUUAUUUACCUAUGUAUGUAUUUGUUUAUUUAUGACUUAAAUUGAUUUGGAAGUUGCCGGAGUCUGGUGUAGCAAUCUAAGCUUCCGAUUCCGGACUACAUAUGCCCCUGUCGAUGGGGAUUCGAUCCCCGGCUCGGCGGAUUGUCCGCGCCCUUCCUUUCUGUAUCUCUCUCCAUUGUCUACUAUUCUGUACUUAUAACUGUCUUGUCAAUAAAAUAAUAAUAAAUAUGGAAGGCGAUCGGAGCUCCUGGUCUCCUAAAAACAUAUACAAUUAUUUGGAAGGACAUGGUUAGUUUGAUAAUUUCUCAAGUGAUGUUGUAAUCAUUUCCAUUACUAUUUAUUUAACUAGGCAAGUCAGUUAAGAACAAAUUCUUAUUUACCAUGACGGCCUAGGAACAGUGGGUUAACUGCCUUGUUGAGGGGCAGAACGACAGGUUUUUUACCUUGUCAGCUCGGGGAUUCAAUCUAGCAACUUUUCGGUUACUGGUCCAACGCUCUAACCACUAGGCUACCUGCCACCCCAUGAGACAGUGCCUUCAGUGCCAUUGACUUUUUCAACAUUUUGUCAUGUUGCAAACCUGAAUUUAACAUUUCAUACAGGGAUUCAAACGCAAAGACCAGGGAGAUUUUCCAAUGCCUGGCAAAGAAGGGAACCUAUUGGUAGAUCAAAAAUAAAAAAGCAGACAUUAUAAAGAGGUUAUCAAAGUUGCUUCUACUGCCCACUAUGAUUAAUUAGCUCCCUUCGGAAAUGAUAGGCUGUGGUCUAUAUUGGGUUAUUUAUAACAAAUCUUUGUUAGGGUUAUUGCUUGUAAUCGAUAAGGACUGGGGAGCUUUUCAGGAUAAAAAAUAAACGUUAUGGAGCUUGGCACAGGCAAAAUCCUAGAGGAAAACCUGUUUCAGUCUGAUUUCCACCAGACACUGGGAGAAAAAUGUGCCUUUCAGCAGGACAAUAAGCUAAAACACAAGGCCAACACUCAAGUGGCUGAGUUACUGUUUUGACUUAAAUCUACUUGAAAAUCUAUGGCAAGACCUGAAAAUGAUUGUCUACCAAUGAUCAACAACCAAUUUCACCAAGCUUGAAGAAGUUAGAAAAUAAGAAUGCUCUUAGAGACCCAGAAAGACUCACGGCUGUAAUCGCUAUCAAAGGUAAAUAUACUUAUGUAAAUUAUAGAUAUUAUUUCUGUGUUUAAUUUUCAAUGCAUUUUCUCAAAUUUCUAAAAACAUGUUUUCACUUUGUUAUUAUGGGGUGUUGUGUUGAAAUGGGUGAACAUUUUGUUUUAUAUAAAUGUUUCAUUCAGGCUGCAACACAACAAAAUGUGGAAUAAGUCAAGGGGUUUGAAUACUUUCUGAAGGCACUGUGUGUCGGUUUCGAAAUGGGAAUCAUGGGGUUGGUGUGAGCUCUUGAACAGGAUCAAAUGAAAUGUUUUUCCAACAGUUCAUUAGCGUUCCUCUUUAGCUCUUGCAGCCUUUGCACACGUCUUCUAAAAUAAUGAGACUGAAAACAGGUGACUAUUUUCCUAGGAACCUACUGUAGUUCAACAAGAUUUAAAGAGGGACAAGGAAUAUAAGAAUAGCUUUCGAAUAUGAAUCCAUUAGAGAAGUAAACUUGCUAUUGUUUGGCUUAAAUUAUGUCGUCAAACACCAACAUUUUAUGGAACAAAGUUUGUUUCUUCACCACUUUCUUCAGUGACCUGGAAUGCUCUUAUUGGUUCUUAGUUAUCCAGUUAAAAUAUACAGUAGUUUUAGAGUAAUAUAAGCAUGCAUCUGUAUUCUAACAUCUCACUGUGAUUAAGUUUACAUGGUCAUCAGAUACGGCAUGACUUCCUUUCUACUAUAGCUUUUACAGACGGCUUCUAAACCUGUUAUCUGUAUGGAUCCUGACACGUUUUAAUCCGUGCAGAUUUUCCCGGAAGUGGUUAUGUGCACCUUAAGGCACAAGAGGUCCGGUAAAAGGGAGGUGUGGCUUGGCCUCUUGACCUCUGCCCUGUCAGCCUGUCAGAUUACUUUGUUUGCAGUGUGCAGUUCCCUCUGGUUUUCCCUUGCUUGACCUACUUGUAGUUAUGACAUCAUUUGUGUUGCAGUCAUUUUAGUGAUCUCAUGUUCACAAAAUACAAAACCAACAAAAAUUGAUUUUGUUUGCACUAUUAUAUUCUCCUGUUGAUGAGUAUGCAAUACAAACAUUUUGUCUGUUUUAACAAUGAUCUUAAAUAAAUGGAAUUAAUUGAAAUAACAAUUUUGACAACUGUUGGGUUUGUAUCUGGUUACAAUGUGUCGUCCAGUGUGUGUCGCUGUGUUCUUUGUGUGUUUCAAUAUGUAUCAAUAUGACUCGUUAUGAGUAGUGUUUGUGUGUCCGUGCGUGUACAUUUCAGUUUUGUGUGUGUGUGUAUAAACAUCUCUUCCUGCAGUCGUCCCAAUACCAGUCUGUCGUGGUUGCUGAGCCCAAUGCAUGUGGUGUGUAUCCUGGCCUGGAGGCAGUACAAGCUGCACUGUGUUCUACUGCUGGGGGCUGUCCUGGGACUACU